AUGGCUUUGACGUACCAGCAGAUGGCAGCGGUGGCCGGAACCGGUGUCCAAGGUAUGGCAGUCCAGUUUGCAGGUCCGGCUCCCGGGACAGUGCCUGCAGUUUCCGGACGUGGGCCUUCGCGCACGCUCUUGGCUGGGCGUCCGAGCUACACGCAGCAGUUUCCGACCAAGGUGCAGCCGAACUUUAACAGAGCCCCAAGUUUUCAGAAAGGGACCCAGCCAACCACCCAGAUGACCUUUGCUUACCCGGCCAAGUUCGGCACCGUGGGGGCUACGGCUGGCCCUGCCAUGCGUCAGACUAUGCCGGCUGCCCCCAGAAGCCGCUGCUACCCUCUCGACCCGGCCAGGAUUCAGCAGUUGCCAUCUCAGGCUCGAGAUCUUGCAGAUGCCUCUCGCAAAGUCCAAGAGAAGCCGCCCCAAACAGCCACCAAAGUCGACGAGAAGCUGCCCCAGGUGGAGGCUCUGAAGACCACCGAGGAGGAUGGCGAGAGCUGGCGAUGGAUCCUUACACUUUCCAGGCCGGACGAGCAGGAUUUGAAGCCAAAAGAGGAUGCAGAAGAGGCCAACCAGUGGAUCGUCUCUCUCGCACGACCGGCCGGCCAGGAUGCGAUGCCCCUUGCAGCCCACUAA